AUGGACCUGCAGCAAUUUUCAAUAGCACGGGUUCAAAUUGAUCAGUGCCAGAUUUUGAUUUGGCAACCAUCCACUGUUUAUAUCACACACAUCAAUGGCAUUUACUGUCUUCUUGUAGCGAUACUUUGUAUGAGAAUCCUGCCAUUGUUUGUUGUGUGUUUUGCCCUAUUUGGCGUGCUUCUAGCUAGCGUGGCCAUUGUGACCUCCGAAGACGAGCUCAACGAUUUUAUCCUUUCCAGGCCGAUUGCACUUGUGUUGGUGCAAACCAAGAGUGACAGCCCAAAAAAUGUUUUUCACCCGGCCAGAAACUUUUUCCUGUCAGACGAGUGGACAAAAUACAUUGAGGCCAUUGAGACCCAGGACUUUUAUACCGCUGCCGCGAUCUUUGCACGUUUGAAGGAAACAGAGCUCAAAGAAAGCCUUGGGGGGCUGAUGGACAAGCUCUUGGAAGUCCUGAUUUCCAACUAUCGGUUUAUCAAUUUGGUCAAAGAGAUUGCCCUCGUAAAUUGCGACGAGUUUGAGGAAAUGUGCGAAAAUCGAAUCGAGUGGGCCCACGAUCCAACCGACGAAACAGGCAUCAUCUUGCAAUUGGUUGGGGCCGCAAAGCAUGAUGUGUUGGUAGGGUUGGGGCCGCAAAGCAUGCUUCAUUUAUGUAUGGAUGAAUGCGAGCCCUUUUACGUGUUUGCCACUCGCAAGGCGAAUCGUCUUGAAACGCUGGGAUCACGUGUGCUUGGCUCCAUUUCGGCCGCAAUCGAUGGUGCCCGUGAGGAGGACAUUUGUCCGGACACCAUCGAUUCGCUGAUUUCCACCAUUUCGUGCACGGACACAAUGUCAGUGCUACAUAGACCCGGUGCCAAUGUUUUCGCUUGCCGCGCAUCUGGGAUCGAGAGCUUUUUGUCUCGCUAUCACGUGCCGUAUUGUCCAAGGCCGUUUGACAUUGAAAAGAUGGUCCCUCGCUUUUAUGGCAACUUCAAUGCUAAAUCAUCGUCCUUCCAGAUGGAGCCAUCCCGUUCUCCCCCAAAAGACCUUCCUCGCCGGCUUAGACCGACGCCAUACAACGAUAGAAUGGAGGGAAAUGCCCUCAACGGCAGUGAAACAUUUUCGUUGCAGCCAAAAACUGCUGUCCGGCACUCUUUUGACGGCCUUUUCCGGCACAUGCAACUAUUUAAAGCGCCCUCGCUUUGCAGCCCUUCCUUGGAAGCCGAACGGUGUCAACAAAAAGGCGGUGUAUCUCGGACCAACCCCUUCGAGCUUUGUUCAGCCCCAAAAUGGCAGGAAAUAUCACCAAGGGAGAAAUCUGCAUGCAAUCUAUGUACGGUGCAAACUUUCCCGGCCGCAGACUUGCACAUAAAGAGCCAACGCGUGGAGGCAAAGAAUUGCCUUCGAAAACUACGAAUUGCCCUAUUCGGCCGUGCUUCAUGGAAACCCCGUGUGGCAUUUGAUCCGUGUUUUAGGGUUACCAUCAAUAGGGAGCUUCUUGACUUCAAGCGUCAAGUUCAAUUUCCUCUCAAAGCCCGUGGGCGCAGCGGACCAGAUUUUUGCUCGCUAAUUAAAUUCUUCCAGUAUGGCCAACUGGUCGGUAACCAUUUGGACCACAAAACUAGCAGCGAUUUGCAACUAAAUGUGGAGCAGAAAAGCAACGGGCCAUCAUGUUCGGAUUUACUGGUCUCAUCGAUCGAAGAUGUUGUGUCCAUACAGCAGGGGGUUGUGCCCCACCACGGUUGCCCUUCACUAACGAUACCCGAGGGGCUUAGCACUCGCACUUUUGAAGGAGCCGAGAUCUUUGAACCGCCAAAACGAAGGCGCAUUGGUGGGCAGAACAAAAUGGCGUUGAAAACGACCAGGAUCAUAUGCAACCUGGUGUGUGGCCAGAACAUCUUUCUGCCUCUGCUUUACUCGUUCAUGAAGGGCCAUCCGCAAUUUGUAAUUCUAUUCUAUUCAGAGCUCUUUCCAACGGGAUUUCCAGCACAAGUUGCCUUGCUGCAAGCUUCGCCUCGAGACUUUAUUCUGCUCUUGGAAGCCACCGAAUUGAAACUACCGCCCGCAAAGGGGUUCUCUUUUCUUUCCGAAGACCAUACCGUUCAUAUUGUGCUAGUUUUCAGAGAAAAAACCGUGGAUCCUUUUUUUUAUAUUCAGUACAUUGACUUUAUUGAAUUCCAACUUUCCCACGUCCUGACGAAAUAUUACAUGUCGUUUUGCAGCCGUGAAACUGCAGGGCUUGUUCUAUUGAAAAUACUGGAACACGUGCACGUAGCGGCAAAAAAAAGCACAAUUCCAGCCGUCACCAACAGCAUCCAGAUAACAGUGGCAGGCAAAAUUGUACCUGCAAAGGUGGGCAGCAUAAACCGGACCGAAACCCGUCCCAAGAUAGCGACGACAACGACAACGACACCUUUCAAGACACAUUGA